GUACCCUACACAAAGCGCGUAGCAACCACUCCACCUCCCAAAUCGCGUGGCACUUUAUAUUUGACAUUGCGUAAUGUGGGAACAAAAGACGAAUAAUAAUAAUAAAGUGUAACCAGCCUUAUAAAAUGCGGAUAUGUCACCAUAUACAAUUAUAUACAAUCGGAUAUUGUAAUAGAUUUGCCGGAAAACAUAUUCCGACGAUCACCGGAAUUUAUGGCUUUUAUGGAUGCUAAUCGAGCAUGUAAUGGGUAUCGAUGGACGAACGAGCGGCACCUUAAUUUCCUUAAAUCGGUUGAAGCUUCGUUUGUUCGAACAAUGUUGGGGAACGGGGAUGGUGGUCUUUUGUUGGACCGGCGCGUGCCGGAUAGCUACGAUUCAACGUUAGAUUCCGAGAUGGUUAUUGGCCGGAAGAAACGAAAAAGGCGUUUUCUAGGAGAUGAUUUGGACGCCAGCCUAGGCAUGGGCCAACGAGUCAGAAGGUUACGCCCUCAUUUUCCUCAAGACGACCAGGUUGUUCCACAGAUAAAACAUGUAAAAAAUGAUGAGUGUGACAAACACUAGACAUGAACGCCAGUCGCAUGAACACACGAAUCAUCAUUAUCAUUAUCAUCAUCAAAAUUUUUUUUGAAAGUUGCAUUCCUCUUUGAUGAUACGCUCCGUUGGUAGUAUUCCUCUUUAACGAUACCCACCUGCUGAUACGAGCUAAUACGGGUAGGGCAGUCAUAUCAUCAUCUUGUUAAGAAGCAUGCAUGGAUCAUGGAAGAAUAACAAUUUUGAUGGUUAUAUGAGAUUGUGUUUAAUUUACUCAUAGUUUAACAUUAAAGUCUCCUAAUUCGUUAUAUACUUUAUAACAAUUUCAUGAACUAGUUUGUUCGGUUUGCUUUUCCUCUUUAAAACAUAUAUAAUUCAUGUGGUCUCUCCAACUUUUUGGUUAAUA